UCCAUCUCUUAUUUUGUCCUCAACCAUAUGUUAUUUUGUCUUCUCCAUGUCUUUUUAUUUUUGGGCAAGCUUUCACGUAUUAUCAUCAUUAAAUUUUCUAUCUGCAAUAUUUUGAUUUGCACAUAAUUCUUUUCAUUCGUCAUGAUAAAAUGAUGAUGGCUGCUCCCCCCAAGAAAUGUAUCCUGGUUACUGGACCUCCUUUUUGUUUAACAGGGUGUUGGAAAAACAACAUUAAUUAUGAGAGUCAUGGAUAAGCUGAGAAAUGAUCAUCCUCAACUCAAGGUUCAAGGCUUUUACACAAGGGAGAUAAGACAUAACAGUGAAAGAACGGGCUUCGAGGUGGUUACUGUAGAUGGUCAUACGUCACUUCUUGCAUCUUCAACACCUAUGAGUGGUGAGAGUGCUAGGUGGCCAAAUGUUGGAAAAUACAAAGUUGAUGUAUCAGGCUUUGAAUCUUUGGCAUUGCCUGAGUUACAGAUUAAUGAAGGCACUGGCCUCUACAUUAUUGAUGAGGUGGGCAAGAUGGAGCUUUUCAGCUCAUCAUUUUUUCCAGCUGUUUUACGUGUUCUCAACUCAAAUAUUCCAGUUUUGGCUUCUAUACCAAUCCCAAAGUUUGGUCGUGAUAUACCUGAAGUGGCAAGUAUUAGAAAUCGCAUGGAUGCAGCUUUAUACACACUUGACAAAAGUAACAGAGACAGAAUCACAGAACAAAUAUCUGCUCUUAUAUCUUCCCUACGUUGCAAGUAACGAGUUGUAAUCGAUGCUAUGAUGUUUUUUUUCUAGAUUUAGGAAUUUUGGAAAGCUACAUUUUGUUUUAUACCGAGAGAUGAAUCGGUGAGGCUUUAUUUUUUGAACUUCGAUACUGGAGGAGUCUUUUCUUCCUUUUCUUAAAUGCAAAUAGAUAUAAAAACAAUUGGUUCUGUAGUCACCUUUCUUUAAAUCACCACAAUUUCACUAACUAAAUUGAAUAUAUAAAUGCUUGCACCACAA